AUGAGCAGCCCAAACCGACCGGCUUCCCAGCUCAUUGCGGGAUUUGGCUCGCCUACCCCUUUCAAUGCACGAAUGAGCAUGCGACAAUCGAUUCGUUUUCAAGAGUCCCAAGCUCAUCUGAAUCAGUCCACACAUGAUGCCGAGAAGGACGAGCUACGUGUGCAACUCAGCACUCUCAAAUAUGAAUUGGAAAACUUCAAACAAGAACGAGAACUUGAGGGGCUCCAACAUGAGAAAGAGAUCCGAGAGCUACAGAUGAAAGCAGAUGCGGACUUUCGAAAGGCACAGGCAGCGGAAUCCUCGAGCAAUCGCGCAACUCAUAAAUGUGACGCGCUUGCGAAAGAACUCAAAGAAACACAAGACCAGUCCUUGGAUGCGAAGGUCGGGUUCGACCGAAAGAUCAGAAGUCUUCAAGACGAGAACCAGAGAUUGCAGGAGGAGCUUGGUGACACACAAUCGCAGCUUUCCGACCAAGAACGGCAAUUCAAAUAUCAGAUCAACGAGCUGGAGACUGUGCGCGCAUCUCUACAAAAGGCGAUCGAAGAAUUCCACAAUGACCUCGAAAAUGCCCGGAGCAUCCAGCAAUCGACACAGGAAAAGCUCACCCAACGUGAAGCUGAAGUUGCCGAUCUCGAAGCCGCCAACAUUCAACUCAAGGCCGCAGGAACCGAUGCCGAAGCCCUUACUGUGCUCAAAAGAGAACUCUCUGAGCAGGUCAACCAUAUUCGGGAGCUGGAGUUAACCAAUCGAGACCAAAAUGCAGAGUUACGGAAAUUACGGGAAAUCUCAAAGACCGUCGGAGUGAUUGAAGAACAAAAGAGGGCACUAGAGAUCAAAAUCCAGCUGAUGGACGGAGUCGAGGCCGAGCUCAACACAGCCCAAAUUCAAAAGCAGACCCUCGAAGACGAACGACAAGCUUGGAUGAGCUUGUUGCAGGAGGAUGAUCGGUCUGCAGAGUUUGAUUCGCCGGAAGCUAUCGUAAGAGCAUUGGCCCGCGGAAAAAUUGAAAACACAAGUCUCACCGAGCGCAUUGAAACGGUGGAAGCCAAAUUACAAAAGAAGAAUGAGACCAUCAUGUCCCUCGAAAAAGAGAAAUCCGAUCUGCAUCAGGAACUGGAGAGGGCCCGUAUUGCAGCCGCCACUGCUAUCGCAGGUCCAGGUGCUGCAGAGGCUCGCGUACGAUCUCGCCUCGAGCGUCAGCGUGCGCUAGCCACUAAAGAAAUUGAAUACCUGCGCGCUCAACUGAAGACCUUCGACACGGAAGAUGAUGCCAUGAAAGAAGAUGGAAACCCAUCAGACCAAAAGAAGUCAGAGCACAUCGCUCAACUCGAGAAGUUGCUCGACGAAUAUCGUGUUGAAAUCAAGCAAAUUCACGAAGAGCUCUCUAAGCGCGAGACACCAAAGGAAGAUGAUUCGCAAGCACGUGGUGUCAAGCGACCGCUAUCUCCAGCCGAUUCCGAGGCUGAAAGUGAGCGUAUCGCCGUUCUCACUCGCAAGAACCGCAAACUCCAGGAACACAUGGUCAAAUCCGAACAGGCUACCACUCUUGCUCGUCGCGAACUCGACGCUGCCAAGUCACAGAUCAAACAUCUGAAGUCCAAGUCUCGCACACGAGUGCUUGAAUUGCGUGAUAACCCGACAUCACAGAUCGAACAGAUCAAGAUGACCACCCUCACAACUCUCCAAGCAGAGAACCGAGACCUCCUAGCCCAGCUGCGCGGUGACCCUACAGGAGCCAAGGUCGUCCCAGUCAGCGCUGUCGAGAGUAUCAAGCUCGAAAUGCAAGAUAUGGAACGUACUGUCGCAGACAAGGAGAAACGCAUGCGCCGUCUGAAGGAGAUUUGGACUGCCAAGUCCUCCGAGUUCCGUGAAGCUGUUGCCUCCCUUCUUGGCUUCAAGCUUGACUUCCUUCCUAAUGGUCGAGUGCGUGUCACUUCCAUGUUCCAUCUUUCCUCUGCGUACCGCCACGGUGACAGUGAUGCUGCUUCGGACUCUGGUCCUGGUAGUUUGGGCAAUGGGGAAGAGAAUUCUAUUGUCUUUGAUGGUGAGAAUGGCACCAUGAAGAUCUCUGGCGGGCCUAAUAGUCUCUUCGCUAUGGAAAUCAAGCCACUUAUCAAGUUUUGGGUUGAGGAACGGAAGGAUAUUCCUUGUUUCCUUGCGGCGAUGACCUUGGACUUUUAUGAUAAGACUACUCGCGCUGCUAGGAUGUGA